AUGGAUAAGUCUUAUAUUAUACAAAAAAAAAUAAAUUAUGAUGAAAUAUGGAAAGACGAAAUUAAUGAAGAUAAAGACAAAAACAAUCUUGAUGAGGAGGAAUCUUAUAUUCCUCAUCAUAACAUUUUAGAUUAUACAUUAUUAUAUAAAAAAUAUAAAGAAAAAAACAAUAUUAAAUAUUAUAAUAAAUUGCCAGUAAAUGCUUAUCGAUAUCCACUAAAAUAUAAGGAUGGAUGUUUUGAUGCUUUAAAAAGAGAAUUAAUAAAUGAUCAAACCGACAAAGAUGAAUAUAAUUAUUCAAAUGAUGAUUUUAUAAAACGCAAAAAAGGAAAAUUGGUGAAUAAUUAUGAAGGGAAUUUGAGAAUUUCGAUCCCCCAAAAUUCAUUCGAUGAAACAAUUUCCAGUGAUAAUGUAAAUGAGUUAGACACAAAUAAUAAAAAGUCAUUACGAGAAAAAAUAUAUGAUGGAGAAGUCAUGUUUUAUGAUGAUUAUAUAGAGCAAUUAGCCGCCAAAGAUUAUGAACGUUUUUUUAAGAAACCCUAUGAAGUUAAAAAAAUCGAUGAAGGGGGUAAAUAUUAUUUUUAUGGAAAGAAAUUAAUUAUGGAUAAAAAUGAAGAUAUCUAUAGAAAAUAUAAUAAUUAUAAUGAUGAAUAUUUUAUAAAAAAAUUACAAUUGUAUGAAACAAAAAAGAAGAAAAAAAAAAAAAAUUUAGAAGAUGAGAAAAAAGAUAAACAGAAACAAAAUCAAGAAAAAAUAUUAGAAAUGGAAUGCCAAAAAUUGGAUUACACAGAUCAAAAGUUUAUACAAGAAAUAAAAGAUGAGAAUAGAUCAAAAAAUAUAAAUAUAUAUAAAUUUUAUAAAAAUAAUAUAAACAUAUUUGAAAAAAAAAUUCCUGAUAUAAUAAAAAAAGAAUUGUUAUAUGGACACAUUCCGGACAUUAUUUUGCCAGCUAAUAUCAGAAAAACUAAACACCCACAAAAUUGUACUGUUCCAUUAAGUAGUUUAUAUGCAUAUGCACAAUACAUUGAUGAUAUGUUUAAGUGUCCAUAUAUCUAUACCGCUAUAGAUGCUGAAUUAACAAAAUAUUGGAAAACUAAUGAAAAUGAUAUUAUAAAUAAUAUUAAAUCAGAAAAAAUUAAAAAAUCAUAUAAGAAAGAUAUAUAUUCUGUAACCAAAGAGCAAUUAGAACAAUAUAGUAAGCUUAACAAACUAUAUGAUAAUAACAAAUAUACAAAUAUUCAAGACAUAAAUUUAAGUUUUAAUUUCAAAUUACAAAAAAAAGAACGGAAAAAUGAAACAGUUUCUAAUGGAAGAUAUGUUAUAUAA